CCCUACGUCCCUACCUAUAGUACCUUUGCUAUUAUAGUAGUAUAAUAGUUCGGAGCGUAUAAAAUAAGUGAAAUUACGCGAAACUAGACGAAUUAUGUAGAAAUUACAAAACUCGAGCGUAAUAUUCACGUUUAAUUUAUUGUCUGUGAUAAAAAAAUUUAAAAAACAGAGAGGAGAAUUAAAUAGUGCUGCUAAUCAUUAUGUGUUCAUUUUUUGUGUAGUAAAACAUUUUUAUUAUGCCAAAUGCUUUUUAAUUUUUCAAACGUAGAUUUAUCAUAAUAAUUAAUGACUAAUGACUAAUGAGUAUCAAAUAUGUCAAACAUGUCGGGAUCUUCAGGUAGCAGGCGAACUGGAGGAACAACUAAGAUCCGUCUAACAGUACUUUGCGCUCAGAAUUUGUUGAAAAAAGAUUUAUUUCGUUUACCACCUGAUGCAUUUGCAAAGAUAAGUGUGGACGGGUCUGGACAAUGUUAUACAACAGAUACCUGUAAACCAACCUGUGACCCUCAGUGGAAUCAACAUUAUGAUUUAUAUUUAAGUAAAGGUGAUCAUGUAACAAUUACCUUGUGGAACCAUAAAAAAAUUCAUAAAAAUAUUCAAAAACCUACUAGUGGUUUCCUUGGGUGUGUAAGAUUAUCAUGGAAUCAAAUUCAGCGAUACAAAGACACUGGUUAUCAAAAAUUAGAUUUAAUUAAAUUAAAUCCAGAUGAUCCAGUACCAAUUAGAGGUCAAUUAGUAUUAUCUUUAUUAUCUCAAGAUGGUACAGCAGGAGUAUCAUCUCAACAAUCAUCUCCGUUGCCAGAUGGAUGGGAGGAAAGGAAAACAGAAAAUGGACGAUUAUAUUAUGUAAAUCAUAAAACCAAAACUACUCAAUGGGUUAAACCGACAAAAUCUCAUUCAAAAAUUACUACAGGUAGUAGUAGUCCUCGCCCUCCAGCACCAACUCCUACAGAAGAUACACAAAAUGAAUCUGAUGUGAUAAAUAAUAAUGAUGGUAAUAGCAUUGCUUUGACUUCACAAACGAAUAGGAAUCCUAGCAAUCGAGCAUCCCUCGGUUCUGCCAGACAUGCAUCAUCUCAUAGUUCCUCAAUUCAACAACCGCAAGACUUGCCAACAGGUUAUGAAAUAAGAACAACACCUCAAGGACAAAUUUAUUUUUAUCAUACCCCAACUGGUUUAAGUACAUGGCAUGAUCCGAGAAUUCCAAGGAAUAUUAGUGUAACUUCUGGACAACAACUUGGCCCUUUGCCUGCUGGUUGGGAAGUACGUCAAACAUCUAGUGGUCGCUAUUAUUAUGUAGAUCAUAAUAAUCGAACUACAACUUUUUCGGAUCCAAGACUUUCAACAGCAGUGAUAGCUAAUUUAUUACAGAAACAAAAUGAUCAAAGCUCAUCAACAAACGAACAAAACUCAAUGAACAAUAAAGAAAACACUAGUAUUAAUACUAGAGUGCCCAAUACUAGUGAAACAUCAUCAAGUCAACAGAGGAUUCAACCUCGCCCUGGCCCUGUUUUUGAUGGUCCCCAAAGUAUUGAGACUGAUUCAGAGUGUUUGCCUAAAUACAAACGUGACUUAGUAGCUAAACAGAAGAUUUUACGUACGGAACUGGCUGCAUUACAGCCUCAAACAGGACAUAUGAGAUUAGAAGUUUCGAGAUCAGAAAUAUUUGAAGAGUCAUAUCGAGCAGUGAUGAAGAUGCGACCAAAGGACCUACGAAAACGGUUGAUGGUCAAGUUCCGAUGUGAAGAAGGUCUUGAUUAUGGUGGUGUAGCAAGAGAGUGGUUGUAUUUAUUGUCCCAUGAGAUGCUUAAUCCCCAAUAUGGAUUAUUUCAAUACUCCAGAGAAGAUAAUUAUACUUUACAAAUAAAUCCGGAUAGUUCAAUUAAUCCAGAACACCUAUCUUAUUUCCACUUUGUUGGUCGUAUAAUUGGAAUCGCUAUUUUUCAUGGACACUAUAUUGAUGGAGGAUUUACAACACCUUUUUAUAAAAUGCUACUAAACAAACCAAUUACUCUGGAAGAUAUAGAAGGAGUAGAUCCUGAAUUACAUCGUAGUCUCACAUAUAUAUUGGAAAAUAAACUUGAAAAAGAUAUAAUUGAUACUACUUUUGCGGUCGAACAAAGUAGCUUUGGUGUAUUAAAAUUGCAUGAGCUCAAAACUGGUGGGCAAAAUAUUCAGCUCACAGAAGAUAAUAAAAAAGAAUAUGUCAAAUUAUACGUGACGUAUAGAUUUAUGAGAGGAAUUGAACAACAGUUUUUGGCAUUGCAAAAAGGCUUAACCGAAGUAGUUCCUGGAACAUUGCUAAAGCCUUUUGAUGAACGUGAGAUUGAAUUAAUUAUCAGUGGUAUUGGCACCAUUGAUAUUGAAGAUUGGAAGCGUAAUACUAGGCUCAAACAUUGUGCAUCAGAUAUGCCUGUGGUGAAAUGGUUUUGGGAAAUAAUUGAACAAAACUAUAGUCAAGAGAUGCGUCUCAGGUUGUUACAAUUUGUCACUGGGAGUUCUAGAGUUCCUCUUCAAGGUUUUAAGGCACUUCAAGGGUCAACUGGAGCAGCUGGACCUCGUUUGUUUACAAUACACUUGACUGAUGUACCUACUGAUAAUCUCCCCAAAGCGCACACCUGCUUUAACCGUCUUGAUUUGCCAAAAUACGAGAGUAAACAAAGAUUACUUGACAAACUCAGCCAAGCAGUUGAAGAAACUUGUGGUUUUACUGUUGAAUAGGUAAUCUGUUAAUUGUUUAUUAACUGCAUACAUUAUUAUUUGUUUAAAUUAUGUUAAGUGUCACUUAUUUGUAUUAUUUUUUGUUUAUAGAAUUUUUAUUGUACCUAUAGUCAUUUGUUAACUGCAACUUAUUAUAUGUUUAUGUAUAUUUUUUUUUUAUUCGUGAGAUAAUGUUGAGAUUAAUUCAAUAAUUGUUAUUAAAAUAUGUAAUAGUUCUAAGUUAUAGUUAUGAUAAUAAUGUGCAAUAAUACAGGGUAAGAUACGAUGUAAGGCCUUGGAAGCAAAAUGAACUAAUUCAAGAACUACAUUUAACUAUAUUAUUUUAUCCUCUUAAAUGAUUAUUGAUUCUAUGCAUGACAAAAAUGUAUUAUUAUUAUUUGUUACCAUUUAAAACAUAUUAAUAGACGCUCAAGUGUUGAUUUUUAAAGUAAUUUAGAUUUUGGUUCCAAUUUUCAGAAAAUAUAAUUGAAUAUUUGUCAAUAUUUAAUCAAUAAUCUAUUGUAAUAUCUUAAUUUUUUUUAUCAAUUUAUAACUUAAUUUUAUUAUCAUAGUUUAUUUUUCAUAUAAAACAAUCAUAUUGUCUUCCAUAGGUAUAAUAUAUUAAGGACUGCCCUCAUACGACAAUCCAAAUCAUUAAAUUUAUGAAUAAAUUAAAUAUAAUAUAACUUUGAUAGUGGAUAGAAUAGGUAUUACGAUUAAGUAUCUCAUUUAAGCUCUGGAAUCGAACAAUGAUGUAACUAUUGUUUACCUAUAUAAUAACAUUUAUUAGACAGCAUCAGUAAUAUCUCUGAAUACUUUACUAUGUAUUGUUAGCCGUUUAAGGCAACAUCAUUGUAUAAUAAUUAACAACUCGUAUAACAUAAAGAUUCAGCUACUGAUGAGGAAUCAGUAUGUUUCAUUUAAUAAAUAGGACAUUGGUUAUUUUAUAAACAUUUACAAAUUCAUAAUAUUGCAAUAAUUGCAAGUUUUUAACUAAUGUGAAAACAGAACAAUAUUAUAAAUGUAUAACUGAUUUUUUUCUGAUGAUCUCUAGAAAUUAUUAUUGUUAUUUUAUUUACAAUUUAAUAAAACAAGACUUAGUUUUAUAUCAUAGUAUAUCUAUUAAUUAGAUUUAUCGUGUUAUGUAGAUUUAUCUUAAAUGAUAAGUAACCGACCUGUAAUUUUAUGCAAUAUUAAUAUUGUAGUAAUAAUUUUUAUUGUAUUAUUUAUAGUUUGAUUCACCAAAUAUACUCACUCUCUUUUUUUUCUUUAAUACUGCAGUUAUUUAAAAUCUGAUUUUUUGAAUUAUUAAAUAUACCUAAAGACCAUAUUUUCAAAUUUUUAAAUAUUUUGUGCUAUUUAAGGAUUGUCCUUAGGAGUUGCAAACUUUUGUUUUUCAAAUGAAAAUUCCAAAAAUCUGAAUUUGAAUAAAUUCAUUAUUUAAGGACAUCAAAUGGGGGCGAUCAUCAAGGUGAAUCACCUUGUAUAUUAAAAAUGAUCACUUCAUAAUGAAUUAUAAUAUAAAGAUACUAAAGACAAGUACCACUAUUUUUUAUAAACUAUAUACAAUAAUAUAAUGUUAUACAUUUAUAUUGAAUUAUUUUUGUGUAUUUAUUAGUAACACCAUACUUAUUGUGCACAUUUUCUCUUUUAUUUAUGUUCAUGUUACAUCUGUAAUUAAAUAAAUUAAAUAAGAUUAUGAUGUUUUA